CGCUAACUAUUAGUUAUCUGUUAGUCUUCCUGCUUCUCUUUUUUGAAAAGAAAAAAAGUGUUUCAGAGACUAACACAGGAGAUUCCUGUCAGUUUAGCACUAAAAGAUUGAGGAUUUAGUUUGGCAAUGUGGUGUAAUACCAGCCUAUUUCCAGUUACUGCAGGAUCCUGAAUGUUGUUUUCUUCCUUCAGACAAGAGAAACCUUCUCAGUCCCUGAUUAGAGAGGAAGAAUUAAGGUUUACUUUUAAGCAGUUUCUUGAGAAAGACUUCAAUCUUGAGUGCUAUAUUUGGUGAUACUGCCAUGCAAGCUCGUUGUAGACUGCUUGUCUAGGUAUGGGAAGCCUUUACAGAAGAGAAAUUGCAACCCUAACAUCGUGUUCUCUAGCUCUGUGGAUAGCUAACACUUUCAUUUCUAAACCAGCAGUGCAGCUUUUUGGCAGAUGAGAGUCAAAGGAGAGUUGUUAACUUGGUAGUGUCUCUUUAUCUUUCUUUAUAAGUUUUUCUUUCUGUUCAAAACAUCUGACCAUAAAUUGCGAUAAUCUUGUUGACUGUGCUUCCUCGCUAAAGUCCUUUGAGACUUACCCUGGAUGUAUGAAGGUGCAGUUUCACAGCUGACUCCUAGUAGCAGUGCUGGCUCAAAAGCAGUUCCUAUCCAUUGAGUUAUAAGCUGACCAAAAAAAGAAGGGGGGGAGUUAUGUUAAAUAAAUCUGACUUAGAUUAGUUUGGCCUGAUGGCCAGUUGUGUUGACACACCAUGAGAUAAGAUGGAAGGACUGGACUGCUUAUUGUGGCAUUACUGAUGGAAAAGCUUUGCAUAGUUUUUCCAAAAGGUGCAGUCUUCUGAAUGUUUCUCUGGCAAUUGUGCUCGCUUAAAUAGCAUCUCUUUCUUUCUCUGAAGCUGUGAUAGGUGAUGCAAAUGUGUGUAGUGAACCAAAUGAAGGAAUUGAUCUAGACUUAAACUUGGAAAAUUAUUCAUGUGGAUUGCUUCCCCAGUUUGGGCUGCUACCAAUACCUAUGAGGUAGGAAAGUGGGAAUGGGAGUACGCAGGGACUGAGUAAGCUGCUACUGAAAAGUGAAGCUGAUGAAAUGUUGAGGAAUGCCAACUGGUCCAGGUAACUUAAGAAGAAGCAGUGAUCUUAAUCUCUUGUAAUUGUUGAGGGGAAGCUACAUUACUGGAUAACCUUGAGCAGUGAACUACCUCUUAUGAAAUAAAGAAAUGGAUGAAAUGGAUGAAACAUCUAAAAGAAUCCUUCUAGAGCCAUACCGGUAUUUACUUCAACUUCCAGGUAAGCAAGUGAGAACGAAAUUGUCACAGGCCUUUAAUCACUGGCUGAAUGUUCCAGAAGAUAAAAUACAGGUUAUCAUUGAAGUGACAGAGAUGUUGCACAAUGCAAGCCUACUUGUGGACGAUAUUGAAGAUAACUCAAAGCUACGACGAGGCUUUCCAGUGGCACACAGUAUCUAUGGAAUUCCGUCAGUAAUCAACUGUGCUAAUUAUGUGUAUUUCCUUGGCUUAGAGAAGGUUUUAACCCUUGAUCACCCAGAUGCUGUUAAAGUUUUUACCCGUCAGCUACUGGAACUCCAUAAAGGUCAAGGCUUGGAUAUUUACUGGAGGGAUACCUACACAUGUCCUACAGAAGCUGAAUAUAAAGCUAUGGUACUGCAAAAGACAGGUGGUCUCUUUGGAUUAGCUGUAGGCCUCAUGCAGCUCUUUUCAAACUAUAAAAAAGACUUAAAACCACUUCUUAACACCCUUGGUCUCUUCUUCCAAAUAAGGGAUGACUAUGCCAACUUGCACUCCAAAGAAUAUAGCGAAAACAAGAGUUUUUGUGAAGACUUAACUGAGGGCAAGUUCUCAUUCCCAACUAUUCAUGCAAUUUGGUCAAGACCUGAAAGUACUCAGGUGCAAAACAUCUUACGUCAAAGGACGGAAAACAUAGAUAUAAAAAAAUACUGUGUACAUUAUCUUGAAAAUGUGGGUUCCUUUGAAUACACUCGGAAUACACUGAAAGAGCUUGAAUCUGAAGCCUAUAAACAAAUUGAAUCACUUGGGGGAAACCCUGAGCUUGUAGCACUAGUUGAACACUUGAGUAAAAUGUUCAAAGAAAAUGAAAAUUAGCAUUUAUUUAACUCCUGGGAACAAAUAAACUCUUUUAAAUGAGAAAAUUAAUCAGAUUGUUCUUAGAUGAUGGAAGGAUGAAAUCUUAUUUCUCUCAUUGCUAGAUUGCAGAAAUUACCUUUGGAAAUGCUUUUGGAAAUGCUUUGUGUGCUCACUGAGUGCUAAAAUAUAACUUAUUAUCUGUACUGCCUUAACUGUAACUGCUUGCAGAUAGCUUUAAAACAUCUACUCACACUGAAUCAAGUGUUGAUUGUGUAACGGAGACCACAUUUAGAUUCAAUGGCAUUAUUUCAGUCUUAACUCCCACAGGUUAUAUAGCAUUUUUUUUUAGUCAGGCUGUUGCAGAUUUCUGGCUGAAAUUUAGUAUUAAAUUAAGUCUGACCUGAGUGGCUUGUGUGUUUUUAAACAAUGAGAUAUAGGUAAUUUACAGGACUAAAUAACAAAAGGAGAUACUUGUAAUCUUAAUGCCUGCACAAAUGUUGCCUAAUAGUUAUAAAUUAGAAUUGUAAAGAGCAGAUGGGUCAGCCUUGCUAAGUUCUAGUGGGAAUAUCACAUCCAGCUUCUGAGGCUAUUUUCAGGGAAUACAAAUUUUAAAAAGUAAUACUUAUAUCCAAAUGAAACUAAAUUUUAGUUUAUCUAGCUACUCUUUGAAAGACUUCUAGGUACCUGAGGGAAAAGAAUCUAUUUCAUCAACAAAGCAUAAACUUGCUGCUGAUUCUAGCUCUGCUCUUAGAUUUUAUGGUUUUAUAUUUUUAAACUGUCAAAUAUGUUGUUAUCACUUACAUAGCAUAGGAUUUAAAUCUACAAAUUAGAUGAUGCAGUAUACAUAACUGCACCUAAUAAUACAGUAAGCUGCCACUAGGGAUGAGUUGGAAUUUGUGCUAUGUAACUUUAGGGUACUGUAACUGAGGCAAGUCUCUUCCCUCUCUGCUUACAAUUGAGCUUACAAUUGAGAGCAUCUUUCUCCAGGAGUUGAUUCAUAAUUUAUAUUAUGUUCCUGUUCUGAACUGCGCUCUGGUUUCUCUACAGAGGGAAGUUUUCUAACUUUUGUCUAAAACAAGAUAUUGUACCUUGUUUUACAAGCAGUACUACUACUUUGGUAUUGUUGCUUAUUGGUUAAUAAUGAAGUACUCUUAAAUAGAA